GAACGGUGCGCGCGCGCAAUCACUUAUUGGUGCUUUUAACUAAGAGUAUAUUUGGCCAUCGAAACCGACAAUUAAGCAAGGCAGAGCUGCACUUGUGACCGCUUCUGUAUGUGUACAAGUAUAUCGGGACUUUUAGUAUUAAGCUGUAAAGCAUGUACUUAUUCGGUCGUAGGUACUAGAAGUGGAUAAAUAAAUGUAAGAGGAGGCCCUGCAGCAUUUGAUUUUUUAUGCGGGCAGAGCAGCAACAUUUCGCUAAGUUUAACUAUACGCUUCGCAAAUAUUAACAAAAGUGUGAUUCGUCGCUACAGUGAAACGGUGUUCGUUUAAAAUAUAAUGAAAUAUAUCCUUUCGGAUGUGCCGAGGGUAAAAAAUGGAAAUUGCAGUCAAACUAGAGCACGUCGCUUCUUUAGGGUACUGCCUUGCAAAUAAUCUAACUCUAACUGUAUGUGUGUAUGUGUUUAUGUGAGUGUCAAGAUAUUUAUAAACAAGUGUGUGUAGGAGAACCACAACAGCGAACGCCAUUAAGACUGCAACAUUUAGUACGGGCACCGAAACCACUUGUUGCCGCUGCCAACCAACCAACAUACAUAUGUAGCUAGUAGCAACAACAACAGCAACAACAAAACGUAGCAUCAGCAACAGCUCCAUCAGCGCAGGCAGAGUCAGAUAGACAGUGAAUAGUGAGGGAAACCUAACGGAAUAAUGCAGCAUUAAACAAAAUGUUUCUGGCCCAAUCACUUACAGACAAAGGCAAACAAAUACCAACUCAAAUACAACAAGUUGCCGUUGUUGCGAUUGCCACCUUCACAGGAACGAACACAUUUACUAGACCGUCAGCAAUAAAAACCCCCGGCGUCGCGUAUAAAGCCGUUGCUAAAGUCAAAACUGACGCCAGCACUUACAACAACACGGCCAACAACGUCCGCCCCAGCACCGCCACCGUCGCUCGCAUCGUCACCAACAACACAAAUACCGCAUACGACGCCACCGCAGCUUUUGCCGUCCCUUCAAGAGCGUUCAAGACGUAGUAGUAAAAUGGAACCCUCAUAUGAUCACGAACAACCACAUCAUCUGCUAACAAAUUACAAUCAUAAAAAGUAUCAGCCAUUCAUGUCACGUUUACCCGAAUAUAGUCUAGCACACGAUCUGCAGGAGCAAAACAUAGUAAUCGCUAGUAGUGAUUCGUACAGUGUCCGGCAUGAUAGUGAACAUUCUUCACCAAGUCUGCAUUCACCGGCCAUACAUCAAUCCCAAUAUGAAACGGAAAUAAUUGAUCGAAAUUUACCACAAAGCGAAGCGAGUACGGCGUAUACUUCGCCAUUUCUAGCCAAUACGUCGCCACUGUUGAAUUCGAAUUUACCGCUACUCACAAAUAAUCAAGUCAUGUUAAACAAAUUUCUUAGUCAUCCCAACAUGGUGACCGUAAAUGUACCAGUGCACGAAACCGAAGACUGUACAACGGGAACGGAAACCCCAGUAUGGAACUAUGCAGAUUAUAAGGACGACAUUUGCAGCGUAAACUGCUCGUACUUGGAAAGACAACAGAAAGUGAACGAUGCGAAAUUUCGCACUGGCGUUAAUGCCGCAAAAUGUGCCAAAGAGACCCGAAUACGUCGACCAAUGAAUGCCUUUAUGGUGUGGGCGAAAAUCGAGCGAAAGAAAUUAGCCGAUGAAAAUCCAGAUCUUCACAAUGCGGAUCUUAGUAAAAUGCUGGGUAAGAAAUGGCGUUCCCUCACUCCUCAGGACCGUCGGCCUUACGUAGAAGAAGCAGAGCGGCUGCGAGUGAUACACAUGACCGAAUAUCCCAACUACAAAUAUCGACCACGGCGAAAGAAACAAUCGAAAAUACGUGCUGUGCAACCAUCCGCAAAAGAACAGAAUAGUUCGUCCAAUCAAGUCGCCACUGCCAAUAAACCCAACGCUGGCGCUCAGAAAAUGACCAGCUCACCAGCAGUGAGUCAACCUUAUAACCAAUUCAACGAAGAGAAUUCCACAACGCGAUUCCAGCCACAUCCGACAAAUUGCUCGAAUCAAACUAUUUACGACCAAAAAUUGCGAUCCAACUAUUCCCCAUCUGCCACAGCAGAAUGCUGUAGCAAUUCCGACACUAUUGAGCGUAUGGACUCGAUCAAUUGCCAAUCGACCUUGUGUAAUAAUGAACCCAUAGGUACAAAUCUGCAAAAAUCAAACCCGAAGGGUGGCAAUCACUUGGCCGGCAACAAACCAACAAAACCAAAUCGAAAUCAAACGGCAAAUGCGCAAAAUUCCGAAAAGGAUGUGGUGAAAGUGCCUAGGUAUGGCAAAAUGGAGACUAAGCCGCAACAGAGCUCUUACGUUUCAUACCCUCUGACGUCCACACCUAAGGCGGUCAUUACUACCCGUGGCAUGUACGUAACGUGCAAUAGUCGUGGACUACUCGAUCAUGGUUACUCAGUAAAAGGUACCUUUUAUCCACCAGUUUCCGGGUCCGAUAACCUUUCGAUACGCAAUACCAACGCGGGGCAAUCAUUAUCCAAUUGCGAAGUUGCCACUGCAUUUACUACUUCCACGGAAAGUACACUUAGCACUAAUUGUGGUCCUAGCUAUCAGUCAAUUUAUUCACAAGAUACAAGCUCUACAGCUGGUACGCUCCAUCAAACAAUUGCCAACACAGCAGACAGCUUUGCAACGCUGCCAAGCACCUACGCGCCCAAUAUGCACUUCGAUGAAUACGCAAGAUACUCGGGCGGCGUGGAAAAUGACUUUACUCAUGUAAUCUGUGACAAUGGAAUGGAUCAUGGCAAAGCGGAUGGCGACAUGAAAUUCACUAAAUAUCCAGAUACGAAUCACAAUUAUGACGACUUCGAAGCUUACAAUAAUUCAUUGGUUAUCCCUGCUGUCGCCUCCAAUUACUAUACUCAGCUGCCUUACACGCUAGCAGCGUCAAGUGCAUGUACUCCUCCGACGUCGCUAGCAUUUCCACUCCAAUUGGCAUUACCUCUACAGCAGCCAACCACUUCUGUUUACGCUCCACAUCACCACCAUCAUCACUCUCAUCAUCCGCACCACCCGCAGCAAGUGCACAGUCAACAACUGCAAAAUGGCUACCCUUCUUAUAAUCACUUUGUUUCCACCGCAAAUAGUACGGGAACCGUUCUUCCUACCAGCACACCAUUGAUGUCCAUCAGUGCACAGAAUAGUGUCAUCGACGCCAUGGCUACUCCUUUGCAACAGUCGCCCAUUGCACCAUAUACACGAAAUGCUGCUGGAAGUGCUGCGACAUUUGUAAACGCCGACAGAAUAUUCGACGCACGCAAAGACGACGAAAUUAGUAACAUACUGGCUGGAGUGAGGAAAACCUGCUACAGUAAUUGACAGGAUCCGUAACACCUAACGAAGCAUUAUUAAAACAUUUUAUGUAGGAGCACUUUGUUGAAACUAUAUGCAUAAAUAAAUAUUAUUGAGAGACCUGCCUUGCGGUUAUGCCAUAUCCACCAGAUUUAACAUUUUCCUGUGAAAUAUAUUAGCCUCAUUCUAACCAUGAUACUACAUUAGCAGGAAACCUAAACCCCAGUAUUUGUCAUUAAUUACACACGUUAAAUUUUGAUUUUCAAAUUUUU